CGACGGCGACGCGGGCCGGGCCGGAGCAGGGCCCGAUGCGGCGCACAGAGCGCGGCCCGCCCAGCGCCGGCCCCCGCCCCCGCCCCCGCCCCGCCUCGCUCCGGCUCGGGCCCGGGCCUAUGCGGCCCCCCGCGGACCAUGGGAUCCCGGAUCCGACAAAAUCCGGAAACUACCUUUGAAGUGUAUGCAGAAGUAACUUAUUCGGGCAUCAGUUGCAUUGGGAAAGAUCCUGAGGUGCGGAGGCAAUUCCCAGAGGACUACAGUGACCAGGAAGUUCUACAGACUUUGACCAAGUUUUGUUUCCCCUUCUAUGUCGACAGCUAUGCAGUUAGCCAAGUUGGACAGAACUUUACAUUUGUCCUUACAGACAUUGACAGCAAACAGAGGUUUGGAUUCUGUCGCUUAUCUUCUGGAGCCAAGAGCUGCUUCUGUAUCUUAAGUUACCUCCCAUGGUUUGAAGUCUUUUAUAAGCUGCUCAAUGUCUUGGCAGAUUACUCAGCAAAAGGACAGGAUAAUCAAAGGAGCGAGCUCCUUGAGACACUUCAUAAGCUCACCAUCCCUGAGCCGGGAACCUCUGUUCAUCUUGGAGUGCACUCCUACUUUACUGUGCCUGACAUCAGAGAGCUUCCUAGUAUACCUGAAAAUAGAAACCUGACAGAGUAUUUUGUAGCAGUUGACGUCAACAACAUGCUCCAUCUCUACGCCAGUAUGCUGUAUGAACGCCGCAUCCUCAUUUGUUGUAGUAAGCUCAGCACUUUAACUGCCUGCAUUCAUGGGUCUGCAGCUAUGCUCUACCCGAUGUUCUGGCAACAUGUUUACAUUCCUGUUCUGCCCCCACAUCUAUUGGACUACUGUUGUGCCCCAAUGCCCUACCUCAUUGGAAUACAUUUAAGUUUGAUGGAGAAAGUUAGAAGCAUGGCCCUGGAAGAUGUAGUGAUUCUUAACGUAGACACCAACACACUGGAAACCCCUUUUGAUGACCUUCAGAGCCUUCCUAAUGAUGUGGUUUCUGCACUGAAGAGCAGAUUGAAGAAAGUCUCUACAACUACUGGAGAUGGUGUUGCAAGAGCAUUUCUAAAAGCACAAGCAUCUUUCUUCGGGAGCUACAGAAACGCACUGAAAAUAGAACCUGGUGAACCCAUCACUUUUUGUGAAGAAACAUUUGUGUCCCAUCGUUCUGCUGUCAUGAGGCAGUUUCUUCAGAAUGCCAUUCAGCUUCAGCUCUUCAAGCAGUUCAUUGAUGGCCGCCUGGAUCUUCUUAACUCUGGAGAGGGCUUCAGUGACGUUUUUGAAGAAGAGAUUAAUACUGGAGAAUAUGCAGGUAGUGACAAAUUGUACCACCAGUGGCUCUCUACAGUAAGGAAAGGAAGUGGAGCCAUUUUAAAUACAGUAAAGACCAAGGCGAACCCUGCCAUGAAGACUGUCUAUAAGUUUGCAAAAGAUCAUGCAAAAAUGGGAAUAAAAGAAGUGAAAAACCGCUUGAAGCAAAAGGACGUUGCUGAGAAUGGGUGUUCUGCUGCACCAGAGCAGUCUCUACCAAGGACAGCACCUUCUCCAUUGGUUGAAAAGAAGGACCCUAAAUUAAGAGAAGAGAGAAGACCAAUCACAGUACAUUUUGGUCAGCAGCAAAGACUCCGUCCGCCUCGGCCACCGCCUCCAAAGAUACAGCGUUCAUCUAGGCCCGUUCGGCCUCCAAGACCUCACGUUGUUAAGAGACCCAAGAGCAACAUUGCUGUGGAAGGACGAAGGACUUCAGUUUCUAGUCCAGAACACCUUGUAAAGCCUAUGCGACACUAUACAGUCUUCCUCUCUGAGGACUCUUCUGAUGAUGAAUUUCAGCAGGAAGAGGAUCCUGUCUCUGGCUUCUCUGAAAACUUUUUCUUCUCUGCUCCUUUUGAAUGGCCUCAGCCAUACCGGGCCCUGAAAGAGUCUGAUAGUGCUGAUGGGGAAGAGGCUGUCAGUCCAGAAAAGGCAAAAGAGCCUCUGCCUCCAAGUCCUCUCCUCUCAAGCAACACCACAGAAAUCAACCUCCUUGAAGACAUUUUCCCUAACUUAGAAGUAGAAACACAGUCUCAGCCUCUCAGCCAGGCUAAGAGCCUAGAAGACCUGCGGACUCCCAAAGAAGAUGGACAUCAGCGAUGCACGUUUGACUACCAGAGAAUGGAACUUGGUGUUGCUGAGAGGAACAGGAUUGUACCACCCAUGAAGCUGUCUCACCCUUACAACAAGCUGUGGAGUAUGGGUCAUGAUGAUAUGGCUAUUCCUACCAAGUAUUCCCAAAGCUCACCAGAACGACCCCUGACUGCACUUGGUAACAUGCCGCCAAUCACAAGGAGACCCCGGAGCAGAGACAGCAUUCUGGCUCCUGUGGAAAAGGAUGAAUCAAAUCCUGCCACUCAAGGGAACAUCACCAUUCCUAGGCCACAGGGAAGAAAGACUCCUGAACUGGGGAUAGUGCCACCACCGCCAGCACCCAGGGCUUCCAAGCAUCAGAUUCCAGCUGGGCCAACGGAAACUCUUACCACCCACGCUACAGGACGUAGCCAUUUGGUUUCAGAUCUUAUCCCAGAGCCCUUCGGAGUUGGUAGGGUGUCCUUAGACCCUGAAGUCCAGCAGUCUGUAAAUUAUUCCUCUCAUUCAUCUCAGCUUUUGUCCAGUGCUACCAGCACUGCAGAGAUGCUCCAACCCGUCAAGGUGAAGACAGACAAUACUGGUAAUGAAAGUGACUACCUUCUUAACCUGCUGGAUCCAUUAAAAACAGCCAGCUGGCAAAGCAGUGGCCCACAGCAAGGCUCCUGCAGCCUGCAGAGCUCAGCCACUCCACCUUCUGGAGCGGGCUUUGCCUCAGUGGCAAGUGACUUUGUGCCUCCUCCAGCUGCACCAUUUGUCCAGUCGCUCAGUUAUCCUUCCCCAGUACUGCCACCAUUUUUACAGGCAUCUCCUAAUCCAUUUACACAAACAGUGCCAGGAGCCCUGUCAGUGUCUCUUGUUAGACCCCCAAGGGGCUCUUUCACCCCCACCUUAGGUCAUGCUUAUAGCUCUAGCUUCAUAACACCUAAUUCUGGUUUCUACCCAACACAAAGACCUCAGCCAAACAUUUCAACAUUGUCCAUGCCAAACUUGUUUAGCCAGGCUCCAGCUAUGGCACCAGCUAGCUCCUUACUGCUGCAGAGCCACAGUGCUUCUCCAGCAAGCUCUCUACAGCCAGCGUGUUUAAGUGGUCCUUCUAAAUCCAGAACAUUACAGGUGGGCAAGUCCAGUUCCAAGGUAGAUACCAAGCAAGUACUAGCUCUUCUGUCUAAUGAACCUCCUUUGAUCCCUUCCAGACCAGCUAAGGGCUUAGAGUCAAUGUUACAAUCCUCAAAAUCUGAGGAGACAAAAGAUCCAUUUGAAGAUUUGUUAAAAAAGACAAAGCAAGAUGUGUCAUCCACACCAGGUAAGGUUGAACAGCUCAGAAAGCAAUGGGAGACCUUUGAGUAGUGUUCCCGAUGGCCUUUUGAUGUCCCUUUGGAAUUGACAGAGAUUUUGUUUUUUUGAGCCAGCAUAAAACCAAGCAUUUCUUUUAUGGCAGUCUGAGCCAGGAUGGCUGCAGGACCAUCACCAUGCUGCAAUUCCCACGAUUGCUUUUUGCCCAGAGUUUGUUUUGCUGGGGAGUUCCCAUGUUGUCCUCAUCCCUGCAACUGUUUUCUCACUUUCUGCCACUGAAAACCCCAUGACUUUUGCACUGACCAAAGCAUGAAGGUAGUUGGGUUUUGGUUGAUUUGGUUUGAUUUUCCACACGUAGCUUUUCAGACAGUACUACUGAUGCAGAAGUUACUCCUGCCCUUGUAUUUUCAGUCCUUAGCACAGCCAGGAGCAUGACAUAGCAUGUUGUACUUGUGUUUUCUUGCUGCCUGUGUGAAUGGUGUUCAGUUCAGUUUUUCUUGUGUUGCUUAUAUAGCUAAUUUUCCUUUCACAUAUAAAGUGCAGCAAACAAACCAGCUUUGUGGACUGCACUGAGUUAAUCCAUUAGGCUUAGUCUGACCGAGUUUGUCCUCUCUUGGAAUACAUUCAUCUAGGUCAUACUAUUGGGUGAGCUUUUGUUGAAAUAUUUUUUUUUAUUUCCCUCCCCCAGUAAACUUGACACUGAGAGGUAACAGGGACCUCUCUGGUGCAGAAUUGUCGUAAUUCCUUGUUGCAACAAAACCAUAGCACAGAGCAGUUGCUCAGGGUUUGGUCCUGCAUCUCUGUUGGGAAACCGGAAACACCAGCAAUUGAUUUUCUUUUGUUGUUGUUUAUAAUUUUUUUUUGUUUGUUAAAUACAUCAGAAAAUAGAGUCCAUGAAGAGUAUCCUAGUUCUUAUGUAUGUGUAUGUUAAUAUUAUAUAUAAAUAUUACAUAUGGCAGUAUAUGAAUGGGAUGUAACAAUAUCUUGAUUAUUAAAAAAAAAAAGAGAGAGAAAAAAAAAUUGGGGUAUAAAAGUCCCUGGCUCAUGAGUUCAAGUUAAAAGCAUACUGACAAGAUGCCCAAGUGCAGAGAGAUUAAAGCCGCAGUGCUUGUCUGCACAGACAGAAAUAAGACCAAGUAGAGCUAAGUGAUGUAAUGCUGGAAGGCCAAUGCAUGGCAGCUGCCUGUCACUGCUGGACUUCAGAAGUGCUAACUGCUACCUUUAAGCAAUGGGAUUUCAUUCUGGUCUGCAAGGCUCUCCAAUCCUUCAGCCUGUCUUAAAACCCACGAUCUUUAUCCUGCUUUUGAUGAGAACAGUUUGCUGGGCUAACGAGACAUUAACUGGACCAUGAAAUGGACUGCGAGGUCACAAAGUACAAAAAAAAUGCAAUGAGAAGGUUAAAGGGUACGUUCAUUCUGAUUUUCUAAGACACUUUUCUGUGGCAAUAGUAUUCUCAAGAAAUUUCAUAUUAGUCUUAGCAACUCCUUUAAAACUUGCUGUCUCUGCAGUUAUCAUUUUUGUUUUACUUAAGUGGUGCUUUUUUGUUUUGUUUUGUAUUUGGGCACAGUCCAAUUUAAAACAUGUUACUCCAGAAGACAUAAUCACAUCGCCAUUAAGCCUUUGGUAAAGGAAAUCAUUUUGGACACACGGGGAAAUUCUUGUAAAGCUUUAUCUGAAUUAUUUCCAAUGUAUCUAUUUUACUCAUAUACUCUUGGAGGUUUUCUUACUCUAGUGUAUGAAAAUAGCUGUCUGUGCAUUUGAGUCUGUGCAAUACAAAAGAAAAAUACUCUUAUUAUCUGAAAUGCCAACAGUUUGGGAAAGACCAUAGUAUUGCAUUAAUAUUACUCUAUUUCUGUAAAGCACUGUUAGUCUUACAAGCCAUUCAGUUGGAUUUGUAUUUUCUUUUUGUGUUGGAAGACAGAUGGUUUUAGUAUUGCAUAGUAAAAUAUUUAAAG